UUUACUUGGUCAAUUUGUUUCCUUGUAGAAGUCUAACAAUGGCUUCUUUCGAUGAGCAAAGCAAGGCGCAUAUCAAGGCCAGCUCUUGGAGUACAACACAAAGCCCUAAAAUGCAAGAGCUAGAUAAACAAAAACAAGUUGUUGAUGAUGAAAAGGAUUUGGUAGUAAAACCAAAUUACAACAUUAACACAAAUGGAAAAAGAGUUUAUGUGGAUGAUAACUUUGUUUUCCCACCAGGUUAUCGUUUUUGUCCACAUGAUGAAGAACUUAUUAUUCAUUACCUUAAGAAGAAAGUAAUGAAUGAACUUUUGCCCCAUGACAAAAUCAAGGAGGUUAAUCUUUAUAAGCAUAGUCCUCAGGAGCUUUCAGAGAACUAUUCAAUGCUCGGAGAAAGGGAAUGGUACUUCUUCACUCCAAGGAAUAGGAAAUAUCCUAAUGGCGAUAGGCCAAAUCGUGCUGCUGGAACAGGCUAUUGGAAGGCUACUGGAGCUGACAAACCUAUUAAGCACAACAAUGUUAAAGUUGGAUUCCGAAAGGCGUUGGUUUUUUACGAAGGAAAGCCUCCCAAAGGCGAUAAAACAAACUGGAUUAUGCAUGAAUUUAGAGUGAAUGAAUCACGCAGGCUCAAAUCGCAUGCAUCUGACAUGAGGCUCGAUGAUUGGGUUCUAUGUAGAAUUUACAAGAAAGUUGACAAGUCAUUCAAAGCUUCUCGGAAGGAUGAACAUGUGGAAGUAGAUGCUACCAGAAGUUGUUCUUCGGUAGGUAAGGUGAAAAACUGCGACUAUGAAGGAAUUAUGGAUUCAUGUGGAGAACUUGCAAGACAACACUUCGAGCUUCCUCAUCAAUAUGAUAUCACUCUUGACGAUCCAAAUUUUAUGCCAGAUUAUUUUUCCCAUUAUGGAGCAAGAUCAUCAAACUAUGGAAUGUAUUUUAAACCAUCAUUUUCUCCUGGAAAUAUGUAUGUUUGGGAUCACAAAGGAUAUCAAGAAAACAACUAUUUGCCUGUUCAUUUCGAUUUCAACAACUUCUGUCAGGAUCCUUGUGAAAAUAUAGGUGAAAUUGAAUCUCACAUUGUUCUGAAUAAUGAUGUGAAUAAUGGUGUUCUUGAUGUUGUUGAUGAGAACUCAUCCAUCGAUAAAGAAUGAUUUUUUCCUAUCGAUCGUCCGUAAAGAAUAGGGCUCUAUAUAUUAAGAUCUUAGUGAUAGCUAGUUGAUUAGCUUAGUUCCACUGUUUUUAAAAGUUGGUUUGAACAUUUCACUCAUUAAAUAUAAUUACUAGUAUUGUAAUAUCA